AUGCAACGUCUAGCAAUCAUUCGUUGUGGAACGUCAUCGUUGAAUCGAGUUGUUGAUAUAUGUCAACAGACAAUAUCAGCGCGAGCUAGAGAUUCAACAAUUAAACGAACUUUAUCAAUCAAUUCUCAUGAUCAAAAGAAUGAGCUUGGUAUUGAUACAAAAUCGUAUAAACCUUCAACCGCGAAGACUGAAACACACGUACCGGAUGACCUCAAAGGUGGGCAACCUAUUGAAACUAUCGAUAAGCCACCACGAAGUACUGCAACAUUGACCAGUGGUGGUAAAGUAUGGUCGGUUCAAAACCCCGGUUCAGUGCAUAUUGCUCCAUUGGGUGCCACUGCAACUACAUUUGUUCCAGCAGCAAAAGUAGAUGGUCAAACCAUUCAUGAAACAACAGUUCAUACCACUCAAGGUGAAUUGAAUAUCGCGGAUCCGUUCAAAACACACGUACUACAACCAGAGGCAACACCAGCACAAUUAGCUGAAGCAGCGGCAGUGUCAGCUUUCGAGCCGUUCGCACCAGAUACGCCAUUAACAACAACAUCGCCCGCCGACACCGUAUUUGCACCGAAAAUCUCUUCAACUGAACUUUAUUCAGCUACAUCAUCACCAACAGCACACUAUGAGAAAGCAACACCGUCGUCGUCAACAACAGAUACAACUAAAUAUGAAGCAGCUACGAAAUCGACAGUUUUCGGAGGACUGGAUACACUGGCAUCAACGAAGAAACAUCCACAAUACGAUCCAUUUGAUGCAAAACCAGCCGACAAAACAAAAAGUGCCCAAGAAAUUCCUAUUCAACGUGAAAGCGACAUACGUGAUGAAAUCCUACGUGAAUCACUCAACUAUGUCAAUGAGCAAGGUUGGACCAUGGAUGCGAUUCGAUCUGGUGUUCGUGCCAGUAAUCAGCCAACAACUGUUGAAGGAUUGUUUAGUAAUGGCUAUGAUCUCGUUGAAUAUUUUAUGCGAGAUGCCAAUGCUAAGAUGUCAGCUUAUAUGAAUGAUAAAGCCAAGAAUGGAAACAAGCAAGGAAGUCAUCUCUUAAUCGAUGGUUUGAAACAUCGACUGAGUCUUGUAGUACCUUAUGCAAAUACAUGGGAUCAGGCAUUAGCACAAGGUGCAUUACCACAGAAUGCCAUGCGCGGUUGGAAGAAUCUUCUGGAUCUAGCGGGUGAUGCUUGGCACGGUAUUGGUGAUACAUCCACCGAUAUGAAUUGGUAUAGCAAACGACUUCUGUUAGCGGCUGUCUAUAAGAGUGCUGAGAUUUAUAUGAUUCAAGAUCAAUCGCCAGAUAAAGUCGAUACGAUGAAUUUUUUGGAACGUCGUUUAGGUGAUUUUCAAGCAAUGGGAUCGGUCCGAAAUUCAGUAUCGAAAUCUCUCUCGGAUACGGCUCAAAUAGCUAGUGGACUUUUCUCCGUGGUUCGCAAUUUAACUUCUCGUCGUUAG